AUGUUGGUCGAAACACCCGUUUCCAUCAUCGAUCUGGAAACGCAGGUGGACAGGCUCAUUAGCGCCAUUAGGGGCCACAGCGGGAAGGUGGCCCAGGGUGCUCACUCUGCCUUCGCUAACAAAGCCUACGCCUGCCGCCUGGGAUUUGAGCUCGCAGCCGCUGGAGCGACAGAGUUAGUCUGGUCCGCGAUCUGUGAGUAUUUCCACGACGAAGUGAACGAGCAGGUGCACACCGUCUUCGGCGCGCGGGACAAAAGUCGAGGCGUGACCGCAAGUUCCGCCACUGCAUCCAAGAAUGGCUGUCUUCCCGCACCUGCCGCGCGGGGGGAGAGCGGCGAAGAUGGUGUGCUUUCAGCCCCCAGGACGUCGACGAGCCGCAAAAGUACAGACAUGCAACUAGUCACUGCUGUCUGCCUCAUGGUACAGUUGCGAACCGUUGUUACCUUUCACCGAGCCUCAAAGAAUGAUCCGCAUCUUUACACGGCGCAGUCGAUCCGCGAAGCGGCAGACAGGCUGCAAGAAUGCCAGCACUACCUCCGGGCUUUCGUUCAGCUACCAUGCCAAGAUCGCGAGUCGUACUAUUGGAUUCCGCUCCAGUGUAGCAUCAUGGUUUACCGCAUCUGUAGAUACUUGCGAACGGAACAUCAUGGAAGUUUAUGUAGGCCGUGCUUAGCGUGGGUGCUUUCGUGCCUCGACGCGAGUGUCCCGCUGCUGAGUCCUCAGUACCUGCGCUGGAAGUCAUCUUUAGCUCUUCAGAUUAUUCGCGUCAGCGAGACUGAGAUGGCGUUCGACGAUGCCAGCCGCGUGUGCACUCGCAUGCUGGGGGAAGUCCAGAAGCUGGAACUAUACGAACGCAUGGAACCCCCUGUCCCGGAAGAAAUCAGAAACAUCUUGGCCCACACACGCUUUCUCUUCACGGCGCUCAGUCUCAAGUACCAGUGCUGGUCCGAAGAACUUCCAGUAAGCACGGCCGUGGAGACUCUACAGCAGUUGUCUCGGGACUUCGCUGCGGUUUACGCCCGAGAAACACAAGACACAGACCCGUUUGGCCCGAAUGUAGGCAGAGGCCGCGCGCCUGCUGCUCCCGCAACUUUUGCCCCGUCUACUCUUCCGCUAGAGGAUGUGCACGGAUCCAGCUAUCUGCCGCAGCGUCUGGUGAUGACUUUGCUGCUGGAGUUCGCUUCCCUCGACGACGGUUCUCAGCGCUUAGUUGACCUCUCGGAUUGGCUGCCACAGGCCGAGAGUCUCCUGCCUCAGUAUCUGCCGCCUUCCGACCGUCUAUCCGCCGACACCCCAAGCCGUGUUCUCAGAGCAGAAGAUUUAUCCGCGGGCCCGAGAGCUGGGGUAUGGCCAGCAGGAACUGCGGACGGCUCCCCGAAUCACGCCGGCGGAACAGGGAAUGCGCCACAGAGGAAGAAAAAAACCGCUGCCGCAAGCGAUGUUAAGGAGCCUACGCUCUCUAAAGAGACUGGCGCUACUGGUUACGGACUCCAGUCACCUGCAGCGGAGGAGGCCGGAAAGUGUGUGCAGUUCAGUUUAGUGGACCAGUGUCUCACCGCCGCCGGGGGUGUUCUGAGUGACAUUCUCUCUGGGACAGAGAAGAUCGAUCAACUCAUUCAGUCUGUUCCACUUGCGGAAGACCCGAGCUGGAGCGGAGCCGUCGCGGCUCAAAGCGCAGUCACCGACGGACUGGCAAAGAGAGGAGGAUCGAAGAAAAACAGACCUAGCUCUCAUGCGCCCAGUGCAGAAAGGGGGGAAAUCUCCGCUUCGCCGAGCUUGGCCGCUACCCUAGCAGCCGUCAGAGCUGCCCAGAGAGCCGCCAUGGAGCUGCCGGAGAGUAUCCAUGUCGAACUGUUUCUCCUGUGCUUCCGAUUUCGGAAUCAACUAGGCGAAAGGUUCCAGCGCCUUUGUCGCACACUUGAAGCCAGACUCCGGUACAGACACUUUUUGAACCCGCCGUUGGUGGACCUGGCAGUUUCUUCGUCGACUUCCGGGAAGCUUGCGCGUCGAGGGUCUGCUGCGGGUAGCGAGUCGAACGAGUCGCCUCCGUGGACGGUGUUGUCUUGUGAUUUGCUGACCUUCAAGCAAGCUCUUCCCCUAGGGGCCACAGGCGGCGUGACUUCGUCGACCGGAACGUAUCUCGUGGGGCAGCGCUGGGACUGGGAGCGCGUCCUGAGGAGCGUCGCCCGGCCGUGCUCCGCGGGAGAGUCCGACGAAGAAGCUGCAGCUGCAGAGAAACUCGAAGUCGUGCGCCGCGAGCUCGAGAGUGUAGCGCUGAUUUGUGACCUGCGUCCCGUGUGGGCGACGAGUCACGAAGAAGCCAAGAAACUGUACAGAAAAGGGAACUCCGGCGGAUCGACAGAUCUUGAGGGCGACAGAGCCGCCUCAGCUCCCGUCGCCGGCGAUCUCACAGCUGCGCUCGAAUUUGAUGCCCGCCGCCUACUCAGCGACACCGUGGCUGGGUUUCGGAAGCAUCUCGUGAAUGAAAUCGACAACGGUCUCAUUCCCUCCGAAGUGGCGUCUCUGGUUGCUCUAGAAAUCCCCCUGCGCAAGUCGCAAGAUCGAGAGACCACCGCAUCUCGCAAACCUACCCAGAACUUGUUCCUCGUCUAUCUCCGGUGCUCGGGGCGCGCCCGUCCGGUUCGAGCGGGAGGGAAUAGUGGCAGAGAGACGAAUUUCGAUCCACCAGGAGGGUUUUGCGGAGAAAAGGACGCGACCGCGCCGCUCGAGGGGUCGGGACACAGUCUCGGAAAGGCAGAGAGCGACUGGUCCGAAGUGAUUCAGUGGAUAGACGAAACGGCCAGCCGCGACAACUGGGGAAGAUACGAGGAGGAUGCCUCGCUCCUUCGCCGAUGGGAAGGGUUUCUCUGCUCAGCUCUCGGCACUGUGUUGCGGGCCAUGCUGACCUGUGGACUCCAAGACGCGAAUGCGAUUGCGCAGGCGACCUACACACUGACGAGGCUCCUCAGAGCGCGGAAGGAACACCGGGCAGCUCGGAAGCAUGUCCGGUCUGCCGUGGCCCACGUCGAGGAGAUUGUCGGAUCCUUAAUGCAGCAGUCUGGCAGCGGCCUGGACCCGUGUCUCACAGCGUCUCUGGAUCCUCUUCCCUAUCUCUUGGAAGAAGAAACCUUUAGAGAGAGAGAAAAACAGGAAACUCUUCUUUCCCCUAGAGCGUCUCCUGGCGCCGUCGCGCGUACGCGGCGAGGCGCGUACAUCAGCGGCAGCUUCGCCAGUUUCGAAGGCGACAGCCAGAGCAACGCGAACGAUGGCGAGGGAGAAAAAUAUCUCGGGCAGGAGAAAAAGUGGGGAGCAUUCGUCCUGCAGAGCGCCAGCCUUCUCGUCAUGCUCUACGACCUCAGUCUCAAGCUCGAUCUGGAGCUGGGUGAACAGCCGGAGCGAGAAAAGGCGCUUGCUACUUCGAAAGAGAGGGGGAUGAGAACCGAAGACGCUGCGAAGGCGGAGCAGUCGCAUGCGGAGAAACUCAUGCGUCAGCAGCUUCAGGAAAUGGGAAACCUGGAUUUGUCUCCGCUGGAGAACCACCUGCUUACGAAGUUGGGGCAGAACCCGUAUCGUCUCUGUCUCUUUUGGUGUCGCCUCUCGGAGAGUCGGCAGGUCAACGCGCAGCAGAUUCUCACCGUCGCUGUUCGGGAGCUCGAGAGCGCCGUAGCUACAGAAAGGCAGCUUGUUCAUGCAGGCUGGCUGUUUCAGACGGACGAUCCAGCGGCGGCGCCGCCGACGUCUCGCCCUCCGAUUCUCCUCGGCCGGUCGUGUACCUCUCUGUCCCUUUCCAUGCCGGCGACUCGAAAAAAUGUCAUGUCUCAGGACGCAUUCGUCACCUUGUUCGGAGGGAAAAUCGCGGGGUCGGGCAUCUCAGUCACGAAACUGCACACCGAUCUGCUGCACACUGGGUUCCGACACCCCCCCCAAGGCAUCGUCCACAUUCCUCAUCUCGCCCCCAACACCAAGUACCACUUUGCAUGCGAAGAGCACAUCGACCUGAGGAAGAGUCUGGCGCUGAGCGAAACAACUCCGGAUUUCGGCACCUACUAUCCGCUACCGAUUCCUCUUCUCUGGAUGCACAUCUUGAGUUCCGCACAGAAACUGGGCAUCAAGAGCAUCACCAAAAUCUGCUGGGAAAAACUGUGGAGCUUCUUCUGUGAAGAAAAACGCGUCAGUCCGACGGCGGGCGGCCACACGAUCUGCCACUUCAAGCCUUUUAUUGCAGAGCGGCAAUCUCCUUAUGUCCUGGACGCUUUUGCCCGAGCCAUCUGUGCCAAGUACUCCCAUGCGCCCCUCGCCUCGGGCCGUUUUUCUGGACCUGGCCGAGAUACCCGACGGGGACAGGAGAAGCGACAGCGGCGGGCGAGUCGCCUGCUGAUUGCUGUGGAAGCUGCGAGUCUCGCGCGCAACUAUUCCUGCCUGUUUAGUGCAGUUGCGGCCUACGACGCGCAGCUUCGGCCCCUGCUCUGUCUCCGCACGCUUCCGCCUCUUCUUCUGGACGGGGUUGUUAAAUGCCUGGUUGCCAUGGAAGGCGUGCCGUGCACAGCAUGGCAUCCUCGAGGCCGAGCGCUGUUCGGCCUCCUCACCUCUCGGCUGAUGCUGCUUCAGACGCAGUGGCUGCAGGUAGGAGGAGGAGACGAAUGGGGGGACCUGAAGGGGCAGGCUGCUCAAGAAGCGGAGGCACUGGCGGUCUACUCCGCGCUGAAAACGACCUGCUGCGUUCCGCAACUCACGUGCCCCGGGCUGGCCAGCCGGGCUACCUUUGAGGAGACGGAAAUGCUUUUGCACUCCGCAGUCGCCGCCGUCGUCGUGGGCGGAGAGCGCGACGUCGGCAGCCUACGAGCUCUGCUGCCAGAAGCCACCGAAGAGGAUCUUCAUGUUGCCGUCCUGGACCUGGACGCCAUUCGGAAGGUGUCCAGCGCGGAGGACGCAGCCAAGUGUGCCCUUGCCGUUCUGGACCGCCUUCGGACCCACGCGCUCCUGAGACUCCCCCCUCCGUCGCUUCCUUCCUCUUCUUCAUGUCCUUCGGUUUCCUUUCCUGUCGCUCCGUAUUUCUACGGGUUGUUGAUGACCUUGGCCCUACGAAAGUGCUCUCGCCAGUGGAAAGGUCGACCCACUCUGGAGUUUGCGUGGCUUAUUCGCGAGGCCAGAAGCCUGCUCUUGAGUGCGGCCUCUCGCCCCAACUCCGCUUCCCCCUCGUCUCGAGUCGAGGGCGGCGACGCGAACGCGGCUCGCCUCUCUCCGCUUAAAGGCGGCGGCACCUCUGCUCUUCAGCUACCCCCCGCGUCCUCGGCCCCUGCGCUGUCCUUAGACAGGCAGCUGGAGGCUGCGACGGACGCCCUCGCUCGCUUCUUUCUGGAUGAAACGGAAGCGACGGGCGUCGUCCGCUGCGAUCCAGUCGAGGCCGUGCACCCUGGAGGCAGUGACAUGCACCACUUGGCUGCGCCGUGGUCUUCUCUCGACUCGUAUCCGGUCUUCCUCCGCCUCUUCGCUUCGGCUUCGCCCGCGCCCCCUCUCGGCGAGAGACCUCAGGGCCCGCGGGCAUGCUCACCCGGUGGCCCGGCCGCCACAGCGGCUCCGCACGCGUCUCCCCUCGGUUCGCACAAGUGCCGCUUCCUGCGCGACCGCCCGCUGCAGUCCGAGGAGCUGCGCGCGGCGCUCGUGGCGAGCCGAGAGUCGCCCCUGACCCUCUGGCUGGCGGAGGUCGAGUUGCUGGCUGUCCGGCCGCUGCUCCAGCUUCUGCGGGAAGCGACGCGCCGCGGCCGAGUGCCGAGCUGGCGGUCGACGCAGAGCCCACUUCCUUCCACAUCCUGGGCUCUCUCGCCAGGCGACGCAGAGGAAGAUGCCGCGCCGCACGCCAGCUCGCCUGAUCCCGCUUGUUCCGGCGAAGAGGCGCUCAGGCAACACCGCGGAACGGAUGCGUCCACCCUACUAAGAACUGGCAAAGAAUCGAACCCCCGUCUCUCGCGGGUGUCGGUGCGCCCCGACCCGGCCGACCCCCCGCCGCGGCUCGCCGUGGGAAGGCCCUCGCAGAUGGCGCCUUCCUCCAUCAGGGAUUCGGAUCUCUCGUCUCCCUCGUCUUCGCCACUCUCGCCCUCCCUGGCGAGGCCUGGCCUUGCGGGGCGCGACCGCGGCGGAUGGAGCCGCGAGGCAGAGUUGCGAUUGGUCGCGAGCGUGGUGGGUCACCUGGCGCAGGCGGCUCUGUUGGCGUCUCUUGCGGAGGCUCCUCAGCUUCUGCAGUUGUGUUUGUUGAGUGCGUUGAACACACUUCUCUGUUCGGUUCCGUCUCCGAGAGAAAUCGUCGAUUUUUCUCUUUUCCUGUCUCAAAACGACGCAGCAAAGCAGGAGGACGAGUGCGCGCUCGAUGCGCCGCCCGCCCUUGGACCUCCCUCUGCGCCGCCUCCCAACACUCUCCACGUCGCCUCGACCUCGGCAAAUCCCCCGUCGAGCCGAUUCAGCAGCAAUCCAGGAGCGGCGGGUCCAGCUGCCUCGCCGACAGACGCCGCGCUCAAGGAAGGCAAGCGCGGAACGCCGCUCGCCCCAUGUUUCCUCGCGGCCUACCUCCGCACAGCUGGCCUUGCUUCGCUCCUUCCCUACGGGCGGAACCAGCUCAGGGAGAAAGCUCUUUCGCCGUCGGAUCUCGCGUCCGGCGUCCACCUGCCCCCCCUCUUCCUCCAGGCCCUCGGAGACAAAACGGCUGGGGGCCUCUCCGGCGGAGACCGAAGAGACAGGACCGUUCGCCAGGCGGGCGACUCGGGUGCGCGGAACGGCUCUUCUCUUGCCCCACGCGCGGCCAGCGGGUCAGGGGCGGCGGCCGGAAAAGUCUCGGGAGAAAGAAGUGGAAAAUCUUCCGUGAGAGCGAAAGGCAAGUCGGUCGGCGGCCCCGGCUACUCCGCAUUUGGGACCGCUUUGAGCGGAGCGCGAGAAGGUGACGAGGGGAGUCCUCCGGUCGACAACGGGGGGGCGCGCGGGAGGCUCGAGAGGAAGCCUGCAGACAGCGAGGGAGACAGUGGAGAAAGGGACCGAGAGGAAUCGCCACUGCCCCUCUGGGUGGCGUUUGGCGUCUUGGCGCAAAUGUGCGUCGACUUCUUAGCCAACCACAAGUCAGAGAGAGCUCGCCUCAGCGCGCCUGCAGGCGACGCAAAGAGCGGCGGCACGGCGAGCGGGAGAGGCAAUGCAAGACUUUGCGCCAUUGAGGGCGACCGCGAAGAAGAAAGAGAGGAUCAGGGACACAGAACGUUGCAAAGCGACGCCGAGGACGUCCUCGCGGUUGCUUCAGACAGAGAAGCGAGCGACCGGCGUCCAAUUGCGGGAGGAGCAGAAGAGGCGCCGGGGCGGCGACAGCGAGAGACAGACGCAACCCGCCAGCGAGAAGCGACUGGUGUCUCUCCCGAGGGGAUGCCAAAUCGUGUCUCCGCGAUUUCUCGCGAAAGGUCUCCCCCCUGGUGUGGGGACUGGGAGACAGCCAUGCAGCCAACGAGGGAUGUACGCAGAGGGACACGGCCCGGCUGCAAGACGCGAUACGACUACUUUGAUGCGGAGAAACUGCCCUUUGAGGAUAUCGACUUGAGGAGCAUCGGGCGCCUCUUCAUCUUCUGCAUCCAAGUCCUGAUGCUCAAGUCGCGGUGGCACCAGACUGUCGCCCUCUGCAUCCGAUUCAACGCGCUCACGGGGAACCAGUUCGCCUUCGCCCUCUCGUCCUACGCUCUCGCGGCUCAGCAGCACAUUGUGGCGCUCCAUAAGGCGGCGGUUGAAGAGUCGAAGGAGCAGAUGAAAAAGGCCGAACAAGAGCUGGGGAGUCCACAGGGAGAUCGAAGAAAGACGGAGAGGCGUGCAGCUGUUGUCGGGCCAGCACAUCGCCAAGAACGCCUGUACUUCCACAGGAAGAAGUGCUACGACGCCGUGCUGGAGGGCCAGGUGUUUGCCUAUUCGUUGACGAAGGCAGUGGAAGCCCAGCUAAGGCAAGAACGCGCCGAAGCGGGCAUAUACGAGUCCUCUGGGGAGACUCAGCUGCGUGCCGCGCGGCUGCAGUUGUCUCGCUUUUGGCAGCAGCUCCUCGGUCCGAGUUCUGCGGGGGCCGUUCUGGACGUGGCGGCUUCCUGCGCUUCUCAAGACCCCACACAUCCUCUUCCUCCGUCUUCGCCUGCUUUACUCUCUUCGUCCAUCGAUGUCUCUCCGUCCACGGGAGUCUUCUCUGCCUCCAAAGCUUCGUCGUGCAGGCCGGCCGGAACUGAGCCGAAUUCGCCCCUGAAGGCCUCGGCGGUUCUCCAUGCGUACUGCCUCGCCGAGGGUUUUCUCCGCCGACACCAGCAAGCGGAUCUCCUGUCUCUGGCCCUCUUUGAAAAGGGGAAUAUGCUUUGCAUUUCCGGCAAGGCGGCGCUCGCGGCGAAGGCGUGGCGCGAAGCCGUUGACGCGGCGCACCGCCAGAUGGACGCGGUGCUCCAGACCGAGUGUGCCGAGUCUCUGCGUGUGGGGCGAGAGCCCGGGGACCCCUGUGGAGACGCGAAUGGCGCGGCCGGCAGUGGGUGUCUACACCCGGAGACCCGGACCCGAACGCAGCCUUCGGCGUGUGCCAAGACUUGCCACCGCUCAGCAGCCCGGAUCUCGUCGCCUCAAGUGUGCAGCUCGCCUCCGUCUCCGCGGAAGGCUCUGGCCUCGAAAGAGACGAAAAAGCCCCUCGUGGCUGGCCUCGCCUCCGCAGUGCCUACACCGCAAACUGGGCCCCCGAACGGGUCACAGAUGCGGCUUGCGCUCCAGAGCCUCGUGCCGCUCUACUUUGCGGCGCGCCUCGGCCACUUCAACUCCCUCGACUUCCACUUGGCAAGCGCUGCGUUGGCGUCGCAGGUGGUCAGGCGCGUCCUGGCUGCUUCCGAGCCGCACCCGUUGGAUCUGGCGCGUUUUUUUCAGUACCGCAGCGACGGCAAGUGCAUGCGCUACCGCAUGCGCGAGGUUGGCCGCCUCGGCGCGCUGUUUGAAGACGCGCUGGAGGUAGGCGGCGCAAGCAUGCAGUCGUUCUUGGCUGCGCUCCUCUGGUUCGCCCAGAUCCUCACCGACACGCAGGUCGAGCCUGUGCACGCACACGCGCUCUUCGCCCUCGCAGAGUUCCUCGCAGCCGACGCAUGCAAACACGUGGAGACGGCGACGCUCUGCCGAGCCCGCCGCGCGACGCUCCUGACCAGCGCGGGCGACCUCCAAGCGGCGUUCUGGCAGCUCGUCGCAAUCUACCAAGGCCAAGACACCGAAACGAUGACGGGCGUUUUCAAUCGGGACUGUCUCGACGAAAUGGUGGAGCCGCAGGGCUCUUGCGGGCCUCUGCAUCUUCCGCCUUCUCCAAGUCCUUUCGCCCCUGCUUCGUCGGCGUGUGCGGGUGCCUCAGAGGGCUUUCUGAACUUUGCGCCUGUGGGGCAUGAGCAGAACGCGCGAGCCACCGCAACGGUACUUGCGCUGAAUCUUCCCCCACAACUGGAGCAACUAUACGGACGAGACGCCGCCUUCUUCUUCGCCUUGGCCCGCGCCCAGUGGCUUUUCGCGGCAGACGCUCGGAUGCCAGUCUGCCUUGAUGCCGGCGGCCAGCGACUCGCCGAGCGCCUUGAGCGCCUAACGGCGCUGGAGACGUUUUUGCUUGGUCUCGUGAAGGACAUCCUGGCGGAGCCCGAGAAACAGCCACAGAGUCCAUCGCUGGGAGAUCUACCCUCCGCGCCUCCGACUUCGAGUAGGGGCCCGUCGAGGCUGAUCACGAGCCCGAUAGGGGCGAGACACCAUGGCGCUGGACAGAGCAGUGGAGGAAACGGUUCCCUUUCUGCCUCAACCGAGGAGGCUACUGCCUCUUCGCUGCUGGGGAAUCUGACUCUACGCGACCUUCACCUUAUCAGUGCAGGCGCUUGGGAGGUUCUUCUGCGGUCUCUCCUUCUUUUGGCCAGAGUGUGUGGAUUGCGGGCGACUCCCCAGCAGGCCGCGUCAGUUUUGACGUUCGCAAUUCACCUUGCACAGCACCGCCUGGAUGCGUUGCGCCUCGACUCCGCCCUGCCUUGCCUUCUUUCGCCGUCGCCUCCCGCGGUGCACCAGACCUGUGGGCGCGGCCGCAGGGGAACAGACGGCUCCAGCGGAGUCGGGGACCGAUCGAGCGGAGCGGAAAAGGGGACCAGUCGAGAGACACACGCACAGGAAAGCGGAGAAGACGCAAGGGAGCACGCACGCUGCCCGGCGCCUCCGGAACUGAAUGCAGGCGUGGUUUUUCCGACACCCGAACUGAAUCUUCAACUCUUUCUGCAUCUGGCGCACGCGACCAUGCAGAUCUCUGACCUGGACUCUGCGUUCGCGCUUGUCGAGCGCCUGUUGGCCACCUGCUCGGGGCAUGCUUUGCGUCCCGAUCUCGAGGCGUCUUCUCGUUCUCUUUCGCCUUCCCUGGGCUCCCUCUCGCCCGCGUCCUCGACGCUUUCUGGCCUCUCGACGAAGCCGUCGGUCUCCGACUGCUCUGUGCGUUUCUCGGCUUCGCCGGAGUCUCCUUCUUCCUCUCCGGGGUCUCCAUUCGCCUUUCCGCUGCCGCCGCCUCUGGAGCGCAGGAAGGUGGAAACCGUGUGUGCGCCGCUCGCCGUCGUCGACCUGCUUCUCCUCCAAGCAGACAUGCUGCUCUUGAAGGGCAGCCUGCCGGAGGCGUUCCAGGCGGCCGUCCGUGCGCUCGACUACGCGGAGCGUUUGCGGCUCCACAAGUCCCUUCAAUACGUGAAGGCGUGUGAAAAAGUGUACCUUUUGCUGACCGCAAACCCCGCCCUUGGCUCGCUCCUGGACGCGCCGGUCUCGCGGAAAUCCCUACAACGGGGCAAGACACCGAGAGCAGCGUCGUCGCCCGAACCCACCGAGCCGUUCCCAGAGGGCGGCUGUGAGGCCAGUCUGCCCCACAGUCAGGCUUGCGCCUGGGCGCGUCGCGACGCCCCCUCGGGGUUCUCGCCCGAGGCGGCUGUGAAGCAGGCGCCAGCUGCUUCCCGGAGCUUCGCCUCGGCCUCGCCCGUCCGCAGUCGCGGCGACGGGGCCGGACGCGAAAGACAAGAGGCCGGGACAGGGGGAUCCUCCUGCGCCGAAGGGUCCUCCUUUUUUCGCUCCGUGUCUGGAGGUCUCGGCCGAGUGUCGAGAAGAGAGUGGAGAGGCGAGGGCGACGGCGAGCUCGGUCAGGGACAGGAGCGCCGCCUCGGCCACCCGACCGGGGUCCGCCGGUUGGGCUUGGUCGCCUCGCCGUCGUUAACGACUCGCUUCGGACCUCAGCCGCGAGAGCGACAGGGGAAUGCGAGAACGGCCGUUCGCACUCUCCCGCUGAGCAAGAAAGCAAAGGAUUUGGCCAGGCAGACGGGCAAAACGGGCCCUGAUUCUUUCGCGCUUUGCCCCGUCGCCUGCGCGACCGGAAGUGCGUACUUCUCACACCUCGCGGUGCUUCAAAAUCUCCUGAUUAACGCCAUCGAGCGACUCGACGAGGGAGCGCCGGGAGAGGAAGGCGAUGCGUGCGGAGACAGAGCGGAGAACCCGGCACCAGCUGCCCGGGAGACUGUCUCUGGCUCGAACGGCGACAAACGCGUUGCAUCAGAAACGGCAGACCAGCCGGAUUCGGCGGGAGAAUGCGGGGGCAACGGCCAGGCCGCGACCGCUGCGGCAGCACCCGAGCUCGAGCGCUGGCCUCGAGACAGUUUGCGUUUCAAUGGAGUCGGCAUCGCACCCUCUUCUUUCGGUGCGGAUCUUGACGCCGCCGUCAUCGUCAGCUUGGUAGCCGCCGUUUCCCCGAAGGAAAUUGUGGGUUGGCCGUCCUCCGCGUCUUUGGCCUUUCUCCCGGGCUUUUCUGUUGAAGUGCCUGCUGAGUCGCUCCUGUCUCCUCUGAGAGCGUUCAUCUCCGAGAUCCUUCCUCUAUCUCUCCGCGUGGCCGAGACGCCUACGCCGUACCCGAGCUUUUUAACUCUGCUUUCUGGAGACGCCCGCUCGCCCCUGGCCUUUCCCCGGCCUGCUCCAGCCCCUGGGAGCGGGCCGGCGCCGCAGGGGCCUUCGCCCCCUGUUGCUGCGAGGGCGCCGGAACCAAACCUGUACGCACCGCAGCAGGAGCUGCGGCUGCAGCUGGCUGUGGAGCUCGUCGACGUUCUUCUGAAGAAAGGUGACUACAUGCACGCGGGCCUCCUGGUCUCCGACUUGGUGCCCCGCGUGCGGCGCAUUGCGGCCGUACUGCCGUUCCUCGCUGCCCGCCUGGGGCUUCUGCACCUUCGGACUCGGCGGCUGGGGACAGAUCUCGCCCGGAUGGAGAGACACAUUUUGCGCAGCGGGGACCCGAGCCUGCGGAGCCCGUCGCCGCCAGCCCUGCGGCCUUCGGAACAGAGCAGCCAGAACACGCACUGGCUCCACCAACUCGGCAAGUAUGUGGGGAGCGUCUUGACUCUCUCGGCGUUCAUCGAGACGCUCUGUGGGCACGACUUUGCGCUCCUUCUCUCCCUUUACCAAGAGGGCAUACGCGGGCUCCUCACCUACUUUCUGCUGGAGGAAGGAUGUAAAAGUGCGGCUGCGCGGCGCGGCGCGUUCAUGGCCAUCCACGCACUCCGCGCGGCAGCUGAAGAAACGAUGGGGCUCCAGAAAAAGGCCCUGAAGGGUGCGCUCGUCGCGAGCCUCGCGCCCUCCGGCACUGAGAAAAGCGGCCAGACUGGGGCGGCAGGAGCCGGGCACCGCACUGUUCCUUUGGCCGUUUCGACGAUGGCAGGGGAGACACAAGCCAAGGACGGCGACAGAGGGGACAGGGGCGCGGCGGCGCUGGACGCUGGGAAACUCUCACCCGCUGCCAUCAAAUACCUUGCCGCCUUGGCGGCCAACGAAGCGGAAGGCCCCGGAAGCUGCGUGAGCACAGCGCCCAACGCAGACCUCAAGGUUGCCCUACCUUCCAUUCUUGCUUGCCUCUCUUCUCUGCGAGACCGGUGCACCCUGUUUCACUCGUUCAAUCGGGAACAGCGGGCGGCUGCAGACUACCUUCACAUGCUUCUCUUCUGUCAUGCCCCCCGGUAUCGUUCGCUCGCAUGUCUUUCGCCAAACGCGUUCCUUCUCUCCGGCGCAGCUGCCGCGUCUUCGGACGCCUCCUCCUCCACACAUCCCACCAAGAAUUCUGUGCGAACGCCUUCUCCGUCCAGCCGCACUGGCGCUGCGUCCUCGUCCUCUGCGUCUGUGUCGCUCGCGUCUCUGUUCGCUCCCCAGACUGGCAGCAGAUCCGCCGACGCGCCCUGGACCGCGCUUAUGAACUCGACCUGGCGUCUGGGCUGGUGCUGGCUUCCGUCGGCUCCCUUCGAUGCAUCUGAAUCCGCUGUCUUUGACCCGACGACCCGGCAGUGGACACUCUGUUCGCCUCCACGAGGGGCAGACGCUGUAACUUUGCUUGUUUGUUCGCGCGGUAAGAAAUUGCGGUCUCUGCCGAAUUCUCCAGGUUCGUUGGCAGCAAGCGGAGACGGGGGCCGCGAGAGCCGACUGCCUGCUUCCGAUGGAGGGCGAGGAGGGAAGGGGGAGAAGCCGGAGAGAACAGGCCCCGCGUCGCUCUCUCCUCAGAGUCAGAGCUCCUCGAUUCUCUCUCCGACCUCCAGAGAGAACGGGACCAACUCGCCGGGAAAUGGCGCCACCCGCAGCCCCGCCGCCUCGGCUGCGCAGCUGACCGAGGCACCGGGGUCGCCUGGCAGGGCGGGAGGCGUGACGGUGGGGAAACCGAGCAAGGCGGAUAGCGGGCGACGCGGCGCAUCCACCGGGAGGGGCGAAGAAGACGGAAAUCGAGGAGGAAGCCCGGAGGAAAACGGUGCCGAGGGAACGGUGUACAUGGGUCAGUACAGUCACAGACGACUCCUCGACAUGAGCAUGCUUUUCAAAAAGCUUUGCCGACAGGUCCGCCGGGGCGGAAACGUUGGCUCACUGACACGCUCCCAGGCGCUGGAGCUCUCGGGAGCGCAGGUGCUUCGCGAGGUGGACCGGCGGCAGGCGUGGGCAGUGGAAGACAACCUAGUCAGUUACCGGAUCAUCAGCAACGCGUUCUACCGGUUGUUUUUGCUCCUCAAUGACGGCUUGGUUCCACGGACUGUGGCUGGGGACGCCGAGGGAGGCGGGCCGUAUCACGCGAGAAGGCGGGCGUGGAUUGAAGGCCCAGCUGGCACGGUCUUCAGCAGCACGACCGGCCGCCUCGGCGCAAGUGGGGACAGCUCGUUGGGGUCUUCCAGCCCAUCUUUCCGUUCUUCCACUGCGGCGCGCCCUUCCUUGUGGCGGAAUCGAUCGUCUGAUGGGAGUUCUGCGCAGGGAUCGUCGUUGGGGGCCAGUUAUGCUCUGCACUCGUUUUCCUCGCCCGUGUUCUUUGGCAGUCGGCGAGGCGUCUGGGGAGCAGAGGAAACGAGUGCCCCCCAGAGUCGCGGCGGAGCUCUUGAGUUCCUUCAGGACCUCGACCACGGAGAUAUUGUUCGCGCGCACGCCUCCAGGCGGUCCUACGCGAUCAAGGCUGUGUACCGACUGUGGAAUGACAUGCGCGUCGUCACUCAGGAGCAGGCUGCCGCCACGCAGGCCCCAGGCGCUGCAAAUGAACAAGGCAAGGCGACGAAAAUCAACAAACGGGUGGGUUCGGCGGCCCAGCUGGCAGGGAGCCAGACCGGCCAUUCGGGGGCAAGCAGCGAGACAGGGGUUUCACCGCCAGACCGGAAAUCUCAAGGAUACGUGGUCGAAGGCGUCAGCAACGACGUCCUCUAUGGCGUGCUCUUGGCCUGCGCAGAUUUGGCAAAUCCCGUUCACGUUGCCAGCACAUGCGGGAAAGAAUCAAUCAAUCGAUUUUUCGUGGACGCUUUGGCGCCAUGCGUGGUUGCCAGUGUCGGGGACAAUGACUCAUCCGCUUAG